CGGCGCCUUGGGGUCCGAGCCGGGCCCGGAAACCCGGACGGCAGACGCGGCGGCUCGGCUGCGUGGGUGUGGUGGUCUGCGGCAGGGGGAGCGGCGGCCGGCGGCUCGGGCGGCCCCGACGAGGUGUGUUUCCGCGGCCGCCCGGCGCGUCACUCCCGAACCCAGCAUGUAGGUGCCGGGCGGCUGCCAUGAACGCCGGAGCCAUGAGGAUCCACAGCAAAGGACAUCUCCAGGGUGGAAUCCAAGUCAAAAAUGAAAAAAACAGAUCUAUGAAAUCUAUGAAAACUGAUAACAAACCAGAAAAAUACAAAUAUAAGCCACUCUGGGGAAAAAUAUUUUACAUUGACUUACCUUCUGUCACCGUAUCUGAAAAACUCCAAAAGGACAUUCAGGAUCUGGGAGGGCGAGUUGAAGAAUUUCUUAGCAAAGAUAUCAGUUACCUUAUUUCAAAUAAAAAGGAAGCUAAAUUUGCACAAACAUUGGGAAGAAUUUCUCCUGUACCAAGUCCAGAAUCUGUAUAUACUGCAGAAACCACUUCACCUCAUCCCAGCCAUGAUGGAAGUUCAUUUAAAUCUCCAGAUUCAGUGUGUUUAAGUAGAGGAAAAUUAUUAGUUGAAAAAGCUAUCAAGGACCAUGAUUUUAUUCCUUCAAAUAGUAUAUUAUCAAAUGCUUUAUCAUGGGGAGUAAAAAUUCUUCAUAUUGAUGACAUUAGAUACUACAUUGAACAGAAGAAAAAAGAACUAUAUUUACUUAAGAAAUCAAGCACUUCUAUAAAAGAUGCGGGGAAAAGAGUAGGUAUUGGCACACAGAAAGCAAGAACAGGUAGACUCAAAAAACCUUUUGUAAAGGUAGAAGAUAUGAGUCAACUUUAUAGACCAUUUUAUCUUCAGUUGACCAAUAUGCCUCUUAUAAAUUACUCUAUUCAGAAGCCCUCCAGUCCAUUUGAUGUAGAUAAGCCAUCUAGCAUCCAAAAGCAAACUCAGGUUAAACUAAGAAUCCAAACGGAGGGCAAUAAAGGUGGUGGAAUCCCAGUUCAACUCCAAUUGAAAGAGAAGAAAAAAAAAGGAUAUUGUGAAUGUUGCUUGCAGAAAUAUGAAGAUCUUGAAACUCAUCUUCUAAGUGAACAACACAGAAACUUUGCACAGAGUAAUCACUAUCAAGUUGUUGAUGAUAUUGUAUCUAAGUUAAUUUUUGACUUUGUGGAAUAUGAAAGGGACAUGCCUAAAAAGAAAAGAAUAAAAUACAGCAUUGGAUCCCUUUCACCUAUUACAGCAAGUGUCCUGAGAAAGUCUGAACCAAAAGAAAAGCUAGAAUCACAACAUAUUUCUCAGAAAGACUUCAAGGAAAAUAACGUGCAGGUAAUUGAGCAGCGUUUCCUGUAUAAAGAAAUCCAGGAACCUGAACAGAAGUUUGUGUUUAUUUCAGAAUGUGUCCCCUCCCCUUCAAGUGAAUUGAGAAGACUGGAUGAGAAAGUAACUAGUAAAUGUUCUACGUUAAAUCCAGCUGAAGAUGACAUAGGACAAAAUUUUACACAUCUGCCUCUGCAUAAAAAUAAACAGGAAUGCAUUCUUGACGUUUCUAAACAUAAAUUAAUGACAAAUGAAAAGGACUUAAAAGAACUAAGGGUAGAUCAUUGUCCACGUAGGCUGCAGACCUCUGUAAAAGUUUCUAAUGUCAGUAGUAUGGAUAAUACUGCAUCUCAACCAAAACAAAAGUCAGAUACUGUGCUUUUUUCAGCAAAGGAUCUGAAGGAAAAGGACCUUCAUUCAAUAUUUGGUCAUGAUUCUGGUCGGUUAGCAGUAAACAGUUUACAGGAGCACCUAACAAUUCGGGCAAAGACUCCAUCCCGAAGUCCCCCUGAGGAGCCCAAUGAAUGCAACUUCAGCAAUAUGGAUGGUUUACAAACUUCUGGUAUGAUCCAUCGGAAAGUGAAAAUAUUAUUAGGAAGAAAUAAAAAAGAAAAUCUGGAACCAAAUGUGGAAUUAGAUAAGAAAAGAACUGAAUUUGUUAUUACACAAGAAAGAAACAGAAUUUGUAGUUCACCAGUACAAUCUCUACUAGACUUGUUUCAGACUAGUGAAGAGAAGUCAGAAUUUUUGGGUUUCACAAGCUAUACCGAAAACAGUGGUAUAUGUGAUGUUUUUGAUAUUUGGGAAGAAGACAAUUCAAAUAAUUUGUUGUCAAUGUUUUUCUCUUCCCCUUCAACUUCUACAUUUACUGGCUUUUAGACUAAAAAGUAAAUACCUUCAGAAAGUGAUGAAGAUCAUAUUCUUGAAAUUUUUAUAAAUAUGUGUAAAAAUACUUAGUUUUUUUUUCUUUUUUGUCAACUUUGUUUACAGAACCAAGUGUAAAUGUUAACAAUAAAGAUGAUGUUUGCAUUUUUCUACA